AUGGUCGAUUCAACAGGACGAUUUGCUUGCUGUUCAUUACGAACAUCUGGCGUGGUAGUAGCAAUAACUGAAUUGCUAAUAUGCUUAAUAGCCACAUAUGGUCUAAUCCGGAAUCUCCAACUUUUUGGAACCAGCUAUUUACUUUGGUUCAUUAUCGGUAUUACAAGCGUGAUUGUAAUAUUAAUAGUAAUUGCACUACUACUCUAUGCCAUUAAAACUGAGAACGGCCGUCUCUUGAUACCACACCUUUCUGCUCAGAUAUUUCUAAUAUUCUUCCUGAUUAUUGUGGCAUUUGUUGUUACACUGUUGCUAAUUUUUGGUGCAUAUCGUGGCAUUCGAAAUCUUCUUGGUCAUGAAACUUAUCACAUCACCGAUGAUGCAACCAUAACACUUGGUUAUAUGAUCAUUGCAAUAUAUCUUGCAAUGGCAGUGCUGGAAAUGGUAUUCCUUUACAUUAUUUACAGGCUUUACAGGCACUUAAACAGAUACCUCUUGAUUGGAUCAGAUGAUCCAUUCUCCAAGAAAGGUCCUCGUCAUCAUAUUUAUACAGCAACAUGGCAGAUGCCACCGAAAACAGCUGCUGACGGAAGCGGAUCACCAGAUGCUGGUCACUUAUAUCCUUAUAGUCCAUAA